UGAAGAAAUAAUCUAGUUAGAAAUAUUAAAAUAUAUAAUUAUUAUGAUCUAAAAAAUUAUACUUAAAUUUUCAUAAUGCCUUUAUAUAUAUAUUGUUAAUUUAAUAUUUUAUUGAAGUCAAAACUAAAUUUUACUUAAUACGAGUUUUAUUAAAUGCUGGUGAAAUGAAAUGUAAUAGUUUUAUUCCUUUUGGUCGUUGGUUAGAAGUUUUAGUCGCCGCGACAUGCGUUUAUUUGUUUAUGUUUUUCGGUAUAUUAGAAUCAGUGAUACUUUUGUAUUACACAUGUUACUAUAAUCCGCGUUUGUAUUGGAUAAGUCUUCUUUAUAUUUGUUGGAUGUUUUACGAUAGAAAAUCAUCAACUUCAGAAAAAAGAAGUUUUAGCUUUAUGAGAAAUUUUACUAUAUGGUAUUACUUCAGAUGUUAUUUUCCUGCUACUUUAGUAAAAACUCAUGAAAUACCUCCAGACAAAAACUAUUUGUUCGUCGUACAUCCACAUGGUUUACUUGGUUGGGGAUAUUUUUGUAAUUUAAUAGUUGGUGCAAGUCCUUUUAAAAAAUAUUUCCCCGGCAUAAAAACGUAUCUCCAUAUAUUGAAAAUACACUUUUAUAUUCCAUUUCAUCGUGAUAUUGCAAUUGCUAUUGGUAUUAGAGAUUCUUCCGAAGAAGCUUUAAUAAAUGUAUUGAGCGAAGAAACAGGUAAUGCAUCCAUUUUACUUGUUGGUGGUGUUGAAGAAGCAUUUAAAUCUUAUCCUGGACCUAUUCCCAUAGUUUUAAAAAAAAGAAAAGGGUUCAUUCGGAUAGCUCUAAAAACUGGAGCGUCUCUGGUUCCAGUAUUUUCAUUUGGUGAGAACAACGUUUACAAGAAACAAGUUUUAGAGACAGAUUCGAUUUUAUAUAAAUUUCUGAAGCUGUUUAGAUGGAAAGGCGACAGAAUAGUACCUGAAGGACGUCACAUUUUUUGUUUUAAAUAUACUUUAAUACCUCGUAGACAUCCAAUAUUUACUGUCGUUGGUAAACCGAUUAAUUUACCGAAAAUUCAGAAUCCUUCAGAAGAAGAUAUAGAAAAAUAUCAUGAAAUUUAUAUUCAGGAACUAAUUAAGCUGUUUGAAGAAAAUAAACAUAAGUACACUAAAAAUCCUGAAGAUUUAUAUCUCAUGUUAGAAUGAAAAUAAAAUUCAAUUCAUAAUAAUCACGAGUUUAAUUAAUCACACAUGUUUACUCUGUUAAAUAAAACUAACACUAGAUUAGAAAAUGUGUAACCGAUAUUUUUAUAUUUUACGUAAAACAUAUCAUAAAUGAAACUGUUAUCAAUAAUCAUUAUGAUUGUAUUCAUUAUUAAUCUUCGUAGAACAAUUUAGUUAAUUAAUACAUACACAUUAACGUAUAUAA